AUGUCCCGACGCCUGGGAAGACCAGCAAAGAAGAGAGACAAUGCACAAGACGAUUCCCUUGAUCGUGGAAUCUCAGAUCACUCUCGUCAUCAGACCAAUCGAAGAGUUCGGAGUCCAAGGAAAAGGAAGGUAAAGCGAGACUCAGGGCAGAGAAGUGGGCAGGAAAUAAAAAAUCCCCAGGAUGACGAGGAGGUGAUCCUGGACGAGUUCGCCUUCGACGACUCCAUUGUAGAUGAUAUUUCCACCGAGGAUACACGCUUACCAACCCCACCAUUCCUAGAUACAGACAAAUUAUCACUUUAUGAGGGCUCGGAUACCAUAGACCUGUCCGACAACUGGCUACAGGAGUUUAUAUCUGGACAGUCGGCCGACCUGACGCAAGACCGCAACUUUCUCGGUGCCCUUGGGCUUAGUAGCGCUGACAGCGGUCUCGCAGCGAUUCCAUCCAGCACAAAAGAUUUCGCCGGCUCUGCCAAGACCAUUGAUGUGGCUGCGUCUGAGCUGCAAGACCAGGUGCCAUUGGUCGCGUAUUAUCCACCAACAAGUGGAUUUUCAGCCUAUGGUGAGCCAACGACUGAAGGUGCGCAGGCCAUGAGUGAUAUAGAGUCCCCUUAUACGGGGUUUAUCAAAAGGGAUUUGUCAGUUUGGCCACAGACUGUACCGCCUUCGAUGGAGAAUGAUUAUCUUAGAUUAUCCGGCACGGGUGAACACCUAAACCCAGUAAUUACAACAAAGGGACAACGACACACCCACGAAUAUAGUCACUCAUUGGAAGGCCUAGGGCUGCCCACGACUCUUUCGACCCGCGAGUAUCAGUGUCAGUGCCAUGAUCACAUUGCCCGAGAUCUGAUGCUGCUCAAUAUAAGUGCUUCCCGCACAUGGCCAACUGUCACCAUAGACUCGAUCUUGAAAUGCCAGCAGAUCUUACAGCAAUUGACCGAUACUAUCCUUGAAUGUGCCAUUUGCUGCAAAACACGGGUAAACUUGCUCAUGAUAGUCGUUGUUAGUAUUGACAGCCUAGUAACUGCGCUUGAAACAAUCACGUCUGUUGACAGUGGUGUUUGGGAUGGCGUGUUUGUCGAGUAUCAUGACACUCGUCUUCGGGAAUAUGGCCAAGAGAUUUCAAACGGGGCUGUCAAUCGUCGAUGCAAAAACGCAAACUUCCACUUCAAGGCACAGGUGGAGGAAUGCCCAUUGCUAGUGGGUGGGUUCUCGGUCCCAUCAGAAGAGAAAUUUGCUUUUGUGAAGCAAGUUUUGCACGCCCGACUUUGCGGGUUGUCAAGGACCAUCGGUCGGAUACAGCGCUGUACCGAGGAAAUAUUGGCACUUCCGUCAUCAUUGGGAAGAUUAAGCAUGAUUACAGAGACGAAUCGAAGGGUUCAGUUGGUCAUGACGAAAAUGAAAUCACCGGCGAGACGUUGA